AUGACGAUUGUAGAUCCCAGGGGAACUCCCUUAACAUAUAUUGGAGAAGCUCUAUACCAUGAUUCCCUGACAAUGGUUAUAAAAGGGCAGCAGCUCCAACUUGUGAGGAUUCUUUCUAUUUUCACAACCAUUGAUUUCUCACAUAACAAAUUUGAAGGUGAUAUACCAAAAUCCAUUGGCAAUCUUAGUUCACUUCGAGGGAUGAAUUUAUCCCAUAACAACCUUAUUGGUCCAAUUCCGCAGUCCUUUAAAAUUUUAUCUGUUCUUGAGUCAUUAGACCCAUCGUCGAACCAGCUCUCGGGGAACAUUCCUCAAGAACUUGCAGCUCUACAAUCUCUUGCUGUCAUGAAUCUCUCACUGAACAAUCUAGUCGGACGCAUACCUAGAGGUCCACAGCUUAAUACAUUUGAAAAUGACUCCUAUUCAGGAAAUGCUGGAUUAUGUGGAUUUCCUUUGUCAAGAAACUGUGGAGAUACUGAGAUGCCCCAGCAACCUCCUCCAUUAGAGGCCGAUGAAGAAGAAUAUUAUCCAGGUUUGAUGGAUUGGAGAGCAGUGGCAAUAGGAUAUGGUUGUGGAAUGGUGUUUGGAUUGUUUAUGGGAUAUGUGAUUUUCUUAACAGGGAGACCAAAAUGGUUUGUGAGAAUUGUCAAUGAAGAAGGAUACAGGAUGGUUAAGAAAAUUGAGGCAAAGAGAAGACGUCGUAAAAGAAGAGGAUGA